AAUUAAACCCCGCCUCUUUCCGGAAGCGCGCACCAUCUGUUCGCUGGCGAGUAAACUUUUGAAUUUGAGUCGCUGAAAGACGACAAGAAAGAAUGUUUUAAUUAUUUUACUUGAGUUUGAUUCGCUUGUCGUGUUCCUAACGACACGCCGAAGAAGACAUUUUCGUUUCUUUGCGAUGGAGGUAGACGUGCUGGACUUUUUGGUUCCUGUGGAGAACAACAAGACUUUGUUCGUGUGGAACAUCCAGCCGGACUUGACCGAGGCCCACAUCCACGAGCGCUUGCACGCGGUCUUCUCGUCCUUCGGCCCGCUCUACCUGGUGAAGGUGCGUCCGAACGCCGCGCUGAGCACGCCCGGCUUCAACGGCAUGGUCAAGUUCUACUCGGCGGCUCAGGCACGCAAAGCCCAGCGGAACACGGACGGACGCGCCCUCUUCCAGAACACGCCCCUCAUGGUGAGGUUGAGCUCCAAACAGACGCCUCACUUCCUGUCUGGCAACAAGCCUCUGAGCCACGCCCGCUGCGUGGAGUUGGCCAAUGAGUGCCUGGGAUUCAACGGGUGGACGUGUGACAUCAUCACACUGAAGGAGCUUCCCUGCGAGGAGGAGGAGGAGGAGGAGGAAGCCGGCGGGCGUGUGCGUGUGAAGCUGGGCUGCGUGGUGCAGAUCUCGUUCCCGCGUCACGGCGUGAGCACGCGAGGAGCCGCCGUGGUCGAGGAGGACGUCGUCGCCGCAGGUCCUGAGGCGCUGCUGCAGAAGCGCAGCAGGAUGCACAAGCUGGUGCGAGACAAAGCGGCGGUCCAGGCCUUCUCCACGGUGGUUCUGGUUCUCCUAGGUGAGGGCAAAGUCACGGUGGAGCUGCGACGCUCGGCGGAACACCUCUUCUCCGAGGAGUCUCAAGGAAUCGUCCAGGUCCACAGCCGGGACCGGGACCGGGACCGGGACCGGGUGGACAACUUUCCUGCCAAUGAAGACCUCUGGGAACACGAAGACCUGGACCUGACCGUGUGGUAGACCGCCACCAGCGCGGCGGGCGUGAAAAUUUCAGCAACUUGCAUAAUUGAAGGGUAUUUUUAACAACUAUUUCAUUACUCAUACUAUUUCAUUUCAUUUGACAGAAAAUGUGGUUGUUUUUCAUGGGGAAACCUAGCACUCCACAAUAUUAUACUUUAUAAAAACAUACAGUAAUUGCAUAAUUAAAUAAAAGUCAAAAGAAUGAAUCAGUGUUUGACACUUUCUCCCUCAAUUGUGCCGUUCAUUCUGGUUUGCGCACCUUGGCCACUUGGGGGCAGUAUAAAAAAAAAACCGAUUCAUCGAACAGUUGCGGUGCCGACCUGGCCGGGGAAAACGAAGAAAAUACAAAUACAUACAUAUACUCCAAACUGUACAAUGUGACAGGACGUGGCAUCACAGCAUGCUCGGAGCAUGGGAGCAGAUCAAAACGUGCGACUCAGUGUUCAAAAAGGAGUAGAAGGAAAAUAACGUGUAUAUAUAUAUAUAUAUAUAUAUAUAUAUACACACAGUCGGGUAGCAGGCCCAACAACGAGACAUUUUAGAAAUUAAACAUGUUAUCAUGCACAGCUUAAACAUCAACAUUGUGUUACAUAGAGGCAAAAAACUACCUCGUCGUUCAAUUCAAAG